GGGAACGUGAACCCUGGCUUCAGAGGACUGUCGGGAAGACUUGAAGAGGAAGCUGCCGUGACUGGCCCGGGGGCUGCGGUCCCACCUGCCGGGCCUAGGGAGCCCUGCUGUCCUCCAGCCAGGCCUGGGACAGCGAGGGGCAGAGCCGGUGGUCAUGGACGCAGGCCGAAACCACCCCAGCAGUGAAGAUGGGGACCUACAGGCACUGGUGCAGGAGCUCUGCCAGCUGCGGGCUAGGCAGAGGAAGCUGACAAGAGAGGUGGAGAAGCACAAGGUGUUUGAAGACUACCUGCUUCAGGUGCUUGAGAAAAUCCCCAAGGGCUGCAAGGACCCAGAGGAGCCCAAAGUGGCCCCGUUGAAGGCCAUGGUGGAGCACUACGGCCAGCUCCUGUCGGCCAGGCAGGACAUCCAGGCGCACCUGCAGGCCUUCUCCCAGAUGAACCAGGCCGCGCACCAGAGGCUGCAGUCCCUGGAAGACAGCCACAGGGCUCUUGUGCCGAGCCUCAAGGGCCGGCUUUGCCAGCUACAGAAGAGGUGCCACCGCAAGCAUGAGCAGUGGAGGCAGCUAGCACAUGGUGUUGCCUCUGAGGACAACGCUGACUCUGACCCCGAGCCACAGACCAGCAGCAGUCACAGUCAGCAGCUCAGCUCAGUGACGUUGCUCAUCAACAACAUGGCCCAGCAGUGCUGCUCUGGUACCCGGCGUGAGUUCAGCACCCUGGGGCUCUUCUCCCAGCUUAAUCUGAUCAAGGAAUUUAUGUUGGACAAAAUGGAGACGGUGAAAAUGAUCUCGCUGCUCACGGAACCCAGCAAGUGCUGCUCAGGGGACAGCCGCAAGAACCAGAGGCCCAGAAGCUACCUGGGAUCCUUGGGGAGGAGCCCGGGGAGACAGGCCCCCACACCCAGGACCCCCUUUCCCAGUGCUAGGACUUCCGAGUGCUCCAGCUUGUCCUGAGCCACCACAGCCUCCUGACCCUGCAGCAUCAUGACCCUUCCCCCCCAUCUCA